AUGCCAAGAAGACCAACAAGGAAUCGUCAGUCACUGAUAGCUAGACCCUUGACCUUUGCUCCAUUUGCCCGUUCGCUUGCUCAUCUUGCAUCCACAUACAUGCCGAAGCAUCAAAUGCUUGGCAGUAAGUUCACUGGGUCUCCCUCCAACAAUGAAGGUGGUGCGAUGGUUAAGAAGACUUUAAAAGAAAAGAAUGAACAGUCUGAGUCUUCUGAGGAAGAAGAGUUUGAGGGAGAGGUCCAAGCAGACUUUGCAUUCUUUGAUCCAAAAGCUGAUGACUUUCAUGGAGUGAAGAUCUUGCUGCAAUCCUACCUUGAUAAUACAGAAUGGGAUUUGAGUGGUUUUGUAGACUUGAUAUUGGGACAGACCACAGUAGGGACAGUUGUUAAAAUUGAGGAUGAUGAAGAUAAUGGACUUUUUGCCGUUGUUUCUGCCCUUAACUUGGGUAGAUAUAAGGAUCAUAAAUGUAUUGCAGACCUCAAGGAGUACCUGCUCAAAGUAUGCCUGGAGAAAAGCAUACAAGGUGAUCUAAGAGCUCUUUUGGGAGAGCAAGCAUAUAAUGUGGGUCUCUUGGUCUCUCGGCGAGUUGUUAAUCUUCCACCCCAGCUUUUGCCACCUCUUUAUGAUGCCCUGUUUGAUGAAGUAUCAUGGGCUAUAGAAGAUGAGCCAACAAAAGAGCUCCGGAAUUCCUUCCGCUUUAAGUCCUAUCUACUAGUUAGCAAAAUUUACAAGCACAAGAAUGCAGACAAGAAAAGCAGGCUAAGUAGUGAUAGUGAGGAAGCAAUUAUAUAUGAUAAGCCUGAAGAUGAAAUUUUUCACAAGCUGUGCUCAUGGUCCUUCAACUUUCCUUUCCAUGCCGAGCAGGUUGUAGCUCAUGAGCUAAAAAAUUACCGACCAAUGGGAUUAGUAAUGGCUGUUGAAGCAGACAAAGUUCCUACAUUCCGAGAACAGCUUCGUUCACUGAUUGAUUAG